UCAAGCUCAUGCUUGACUUGGUGUGCGACAUUGGUGUUUCUACUUAAGUGAGAGUCUCGAGUUUCACCUUUGAUUGUCUCGUGUAGAUCAGCUCUGCUCGUUCAAAGAGAAUGGGACUUUUCACUUUCUCUAGCAUGCUCACUCUCUCGAUUGUUUUCUUUGCAGAUGUUCUUGCGCUACCUCCGCCAGCAGUAACUUGCAGAUCUGGAAACUCAAACUGCACGAUCUCUGGAACUUACGGGACAUGGCCCGAUCGAUCCACUUGCAAGGCUGCUCAAGUUUUCUAUCCGGCGAGCGAGCAGCAGAUCGUCGACGCCGUAGCAUUUGGAGUCCGAAACAACAUGAAGAUGAAAGUCGUGACGAGGCUGUCGCACAGCAUACCGAAGCUCGUGUGUCCCGGAGGCGAUCAAGGACUCGUGAUCAGCACGAAGAACUACAGCCGCGGCAUUGUCAUCGACAGGGCAGCCAUGACGGUCACGGUUGACAGUGGUGUGGAGCUUCGCAACUUUGUGGACACUCUCGCAAGUUCCCAGCUCGCUUUUCCACAGUCUUCAUACUGGAGCGGCGUCACGAUCGGUGGCCUCCUCAGCACCGGUGCUCACGGAAGUUCUCUUCGAGAUCUGGGAAGUGCUGUUCACGAGUACGUGACGAGCAUCAGGCUCGUGGUUCCGGCAUCGCCAGCAGAGGGAUACGCGAAAGUUUUAACUUUCACCCAAGCUAGCGAAGAUCUGGACGCGGUCAAGGUUUCUCUCGGAGUUCUAGGCGUGCUGUCCAAGAUCACACUCAAGGUGGAGCCGAUGUUUAAGAGGUCCGUGACCAACACCAUGAGGUCGGACAGCGAUCUGGAGGAUCAAGUCGCCACUUUUGCAAAUGGUAACGAUUAUGGUGACAUAACUUGGUAUCCUUCCAUGAACCAGGCGGUCUACCGGAUCGAUCAACGGGUUCCAAGCAUUGUUCCCGGAAAUGGAGUGAACGAUUUCAUCGGCUUCCAGCCGACAGCAGUGUUGAUCUCUCAAGCUACGAGAACUACAGAAAGAGUUUUUGAGUUCACGAGAGACACGCAAGGUACGUGUAACAGAGCUCGGCUUCAGGCAUUCACGCUCUGGACGACUGGCUACGGGCUCAAGAACAACGGCGUUCUCUUCACUGGUUAUCCGCUGAUUGGAAACCAGAACAGGAUACAAACCUCAGGAACUUGCUACAACUCUUCCAGCUCGCUCUUCACUUGCCCAUGGGAUCCCAGCAUCGAUGGCUUGUUCUUCCACCAGACAACCAUCUCGAUCGCCCUCGAAAGAUCCAGGGACUUCAUACUCGACGUGAAGAGGCUGAGAAACGCGACUUUGAACGGUCUGUGCGGUCCCGACGGCUACAGUGGAUCUCUAAUGCGCUACGUGAAGAAAUCCAGCGCUUACUUGGGAAAGCCCGAGGAUUCCGUGGACAUCGACGUCACUUACUAUCGAGCGGACGACGCAAACACUCCAAGGCUCAACGAAGACGUCCUCGAAGAGCUCGAGCAAAUGGCCGUUUUCAAGUACCAGGGAACUCCACACUGGGGGAAGAACCGCAACGUUGCCUUCGUCAACGCUUCCAGAAAGUAUCCAAACCUUCCAAAGUUUUUGGAUGCGAAGAAGAGGCUGGAUCCCAAUGGCUUGUUCUCGAGCGAGUGGUCGGAUCUGGUUCUCGGAGUGACGACCGCUGGAUUGACCAGCGACAAAGAUCACUGCGCUCUAGAGGGUCUUUGCAUUUGCUCCAGCGAUCGACAUUGCGCUCCGGAGAGGGGCUACUUUUGCCGGCCAGGACGAGUGUUCCAGCAAGCCAGAGUGUGUCGCUUCGAAGAACUACUCAGUGUUGAAUGACUUAACUUACCCUGGAUUUAAAAACAAGAUUUUACCCUUGUCCGUGAA